AUGAAUAUUGACAAUGGCCUAAUUAACGGAGUUGUAUUUAUUGAUUUAAAGAAAGCUUUUGAUACGAUCGAUCAUCAAAUUAUCCUGCAAAAGCUUAAAAAUUAUGGUAUUGACGAAAACAGUCUUACCUGGUUUCAUUCAUAUCUCACUGAUAGAACUCAAAAGUGCCAGGUAAAUGGUCAACUGUCAGAUUCUGUGCCAGUGGCCUGCGGUGUCCCUCAAGGUAGCAGUCUAGGGCCAUUGCUAUUCCUCACCUACAUUAAUGAUUUACCGAACUGUCUUAAUCAUACAAAUAUUAGUUAUGCGUCCGACUCAGUCAAAGAGCUCCAACAUGUCAUUAACACCGAAUUGAAAGGUCUAAGCGAUUGGCUAACCACUAAUAAACUAAGCUUAAAUAUUGUAAAAACAGAAUUCAUGGUAGUUGGAUCUAGACAGAGAAUAAAAACACUAAAUAAUGAAAUAGAUAUUGAGAUAAACGGUAAUAUGGUCAACCAAGUUACUUCG